GUUGCGCCGGCCCUAGGCGGACGUGGAGCUCCUUGCGCCCCGUUCCCUGCUCCUGUUUUCUCCUCCGCGCACCGGCAGGAUGGCCCACAAGCAGAUCUACUACUCGGACAAGUACUUCGACGAGCACUACGAGUACCGGCAUGUCAUGUUACCCAGAGAACUCUCCAAACAAGUACCAAAAACUCAUCUAAUGUCUGAAGAGGAGUGGAGGAGACUUGGUGUCCAACAGAGUCUAGGUUGGGUUCAUUACAUGAUUCAUGAGCCAGAACCGCAUAUUCUUCUCUUUAGACGACCUCUUCCAAAAGAGCAACAAAAAUGAAGUACAGCUGGGAUCACCUAAUCUUUUUCAAAUUUAAUGUAUAUGUGUAUAUAUGGUAGUAUUCAGUGAAUACUUGAAAAAUGUACAAAUCUUUCAUCAUACCUGUGCAUGAGCUGUAUUCUUCACAGCAACAGAGCUCAGUUCAAUGCAACUGCAAGUAGGUUAUUUUAAGUUGUUAAAGAUAAAUUUUCUUGUAGUUUUUUUCUUAAUAUAAGUAGUGCCUGUUUUACUUUACCUGUUACUUUUGUUAAAUAAAGUUUGUAUGUUGCAUUUA